AUGGCGCUGAUCAAAAGCGUCCUCGACUGUCGCUUCAACUCAAAAACCUGGUGGAAGUGGUUUUGCAUGCCGGUUUGCGUCCGAUCCUGCCUCAUCUCAAAACGACUCAAUUCUGCCAGUCACUUGUUCUAUCUAAUGUGCCCGAUUCUUUUUGUUCUCGUUCUCGGGAUCGUUUCCCUGAUGAUGUUGAUUCUAGCCGACUUCAUCUACGAGCAACACCCAAAAGACACUGUAAAAUGGAUCAUUUGGGUCUGCAUCAUUCUAACGGCGCACUUUGUUUUCUGUUACUGGAUCGCCCUGGUUCGACUUAGAAAAAGAUUCGACAGCCGAUUCAAUGACCACGAUAAAUGCUGUUUCUCCACUUAUAUCGUGACAAUUUUCUGCAAUCAAUGCUCCCAGACCGAGAUGGGUUAUCGUCUGGAAAGCCACUCAAGCGAGCUCGGAAGCAUCGUCAUCGUCUAA